AUGUUCGCCAAGUCCGACGCCUCGGAGUGCAGGGAGGAGGAGGACGUGCUGGUCCUGCUGGGCUCGGCGUCCCCGGCCUCGGCGACCCUGUCCCCGCUCGCGUGCAGCGCCGACGACGACGACGACGAGGACGACGGGGCGCAGCUGGGCGGCGGGGCGCGGCGCGGGCGCGAGGCCGGCCCCGGGGCCGGGGGCGACUCGGCGUGGGCGUCGCUGGCGGGGCGGGAGGGCUGGCCGGGCCCGGGGCGCGAGUGCAAGCGGCGCGCGGCGCGGGCGCGGGCGCGGGCGGCUCCGCGCGGGGCCCGGUCGGCCGAGAGCGCGCAGCGCAUCAAGCGGACGCGGCGGCUCAAGGCCAACAACCGCGAGCGCAACCGCAUGCACAACCUGAACGCGGCGCUGGACGCGCUGCGCGAGGUGCUGCCCACGUUCCCCGAGGACGCCAAGCUCACCAAGAUCGAGACGCUGCGCUUCGCGCACAACUACAUCUGGGCGCUCACCGAGACCCUGCGCCUGGCCGACCACUGCGGCGGCGGCGGCCUGCCGGGGGUGCUCUUCUCCGAGGCGGUGCGGCUGAGCCCCCGGGGCGCGGGCGCCGCCCCGAGCAGCGGCGGCAGCAGCAGCGGCGGGGACAGCCCGUCGCCCGCCUCCGCGUGGAGCGCCACCCACAGCCCCGCGCCGUCCUCGGCCGCCUCCUCCGGCGCCGGCGCCGGCUCCAGCUCCACGUCCCCCUGCAGCUGCACUUUCUCGCCCGCCAGCCCCGCGGGCUCCGACCUGGACUUCUGGCCGCCGCCCCCCGAGAAGCUUCGCCACGCACCGCCCCUCGCCCUCCUUGGGGAUUGCCUCUAG